CUGAGUUUAUGAAGAAUUCUGAUAAUUUUGUAAAAGACAAGAAAAAUAUGCUAAUCCAACAAGAGAAGAACAAUUCUUACUGCUAAAGGAUUGGAUUACCUGCAGUUGUCUAUUUUCUCCUUCUCGUUUGGUUUUUUUGUUCUCCAAUUUUUCCUAAGCUCUAAUUAGAAAAUAGAUUUCGGAUUCCUUUGCCGGAAACCCUAAUUCGGAAUAAAAUUGGGAUUCCUUUGUUUGUUCUUACAGCAGGAGCAAUCAAUGAUUCGUUCUUCGCGCGUAGCUUUCGCCUUGGUAACUCUAUCUUCUGCAAUUGCUGUUUUCUCUUUAUUAACGAAAAAACCCCUUCCCAAGAAAAAGAAGCCAUCUUUGCAAUGCCACAUCGAGAAAAAUCCAUCCUUUUCAUGUGCAGCAGCAGAGAAAAAGGACAUCAUUAGUCAACUACCGGAUGAUAUUUUGAUUUCGAUUAUCGCACAUAUGCCGGUAAAAUGUGCCGUUAGUACAAGCGUGUUGUCGAAGAGGUGGAGGAAUCUGCACAGAUGUGUGUCCGAUAUCGCAUUCGACUGUCGCUACCUUUUAGGACAUCAAAUUGAUCCUUACAAGCUUCAUGAAUCUAAUCUAAUCAUUGAAUCAGUGAAUAGAUUUCUAUGGCUUCGUUCGGGUUCGAAGAUCCAUUCUUUCCGCUUAUCUUGUUGUUUUUAUAAAUUAAGCAUUUAUCAAUUUAAUCACUGCAUUUAUUCAUUAGGAAGAUUGGGCGUCGAGAAACUUUUUCUACGCUGCGGUUGUUAUUUGGGUUCUAGUGAUUUUUCCUUUUCGUUAGACCUUCUGUCGGAAAUACCCUCCUUGAAAUAUUUCGAAUUGAGCUUGUGCUCGUUGCCGCCAAGCUUGACUAAACAAUGCAACUCCCUCCAAGAUCUUUGCCUUUCUUAUGUUAACGUAUGUCCCGGUGCUAUAGAGUGUAUUUUGUCCAAAUGUUCGAGGCUUAUCUCGUUUCGAAUGGGUAAUUGCAAAUCUCCUCCUAACUUAUGCUUCCGUGGGCCCCACCUCCAAUUGAAGUAUCUCUAUAUAAAUGACUGUGAAGGUGUAAAGGAGAUUGAGUUCUAUGCCAGUAAUCUCGUCUCGUUUGAGUUUGCGAAUCCUGAAUUGGUCAAGUUUAUAUUCGAUCACGUACCUCAACUGCAGAGUAUAUAUCUUAAUGUAUUCAAAGAAAAUAUCGUGCCUUACGUUGGUGGGAAACUUGCAUUAGAUUUGCCUCGCCUGAAAUCGUUGACUUUUGUUUCUAGAGGUGAUUAUUUUCAGGGAAGCAUCGGAUAUAUGGGGACUAACAUAUUCCGGAACCUUAGGCGAUUAGAUCUCAGUCUAUAUAACAUACCGCAAAUGGAUCUUCUUUUGCUGACUCAACUUUUGCAAAGUUGUUCUCUUGUACAAGAAUUUCACUUGAAUACAAACUUUUUGGAGUAUAAUGCACCACAAGAGAAAAAGCGGGCCAUAUUAUUUCACUCGGAGCUGAAGGAAAUGGAAAUUAGUGGAUUUGUUGGGACAGAAAACGAGAUUGAAUUUGCAUUAUACAUCCUCAAAAGUGCAAUCUCCUUGGAGAAAAUGCAGAUAAAUAGGUGUUGUAAGAUAUACGAGGGAUCUAACAGGUGGAGGCGAAGAUACGAAACUCCAUGGAGUGAAGACGAGCGUAAUUCGAUUCACAUGAAGUUACAAGGACAAGCUGUUUCCAAAACCGCACAAGUCUUUAUUCAGCACAAGCCCCGUUUUGAAGAUUAGUUUUACUCCCCGGUCCAUGUUUUAAGAUUGAUCCGUGUUUUUUCUUGAUUUUUAUUGAUUUAAUUUUUAACACUAGUGAUUUGUUGAACAAUUUUUUGGCACUCAACAAGUCAAUCUGUGAUUUUGCUAUUACAUAACAAUAAUAAUACAGAGACACAAAA